AGGAUUUAUUGCAGCUUAAUUAUCAACAGCUUUUCAGGGCAUUAUAGCAUUGAUAUCUUGGAUUAUUGCUUUCGUUUCAAUAUCAUCAUGAUCUUCCUGCCUCCUUAUUCUACAUAUCUUUUGCAGCUAAUGGAUGUAGGUGUUUUUCAGUAG